GGGGGGGUGUGUUUUGGAGUUUCCUUCCACGCUGAUAGGAUCCCACAGCACAGGGGGAGCCGCUUCGCCUCCCUCGCUGUCCAGUCCGAUUUUUGCGGUGGUCUUGGAGAACCCGAGGUGCGCCGGGAAACGGGUCGCGCUCGGAGAAAUACAUCCUCUCCGCUUUAUUUCCACGGGCUCCCGUGUCGCCGCACAGUGGCAGAAGGGGCCUCCGGAGGACUGCCUUCUCUCUGCUCUCGGAUUCCAACAGCCUCCGCUGAGCCGCCGCCAGACCCCUCGCUCUCUCCCUCCCCUCCCCGGCCCCGGCGUUGAAGAGGGCGCUGCCCUGCCUGCCGGGAUGGAGGUCGGCAUGCGUGUGGUCCGCGGCGUGGAUUGGAAGUGGGGCAGCCAGGACGACGGGGAGGGCCAUGUGGGCACUGUGGUGGAGAUCGGGCGCCAGGGCAGCACCACCACGCCCGACAAAACCGUGGUGGUGCAGUGGGACAACGGGACCCGCACUAACUACCGCACAGGCUACCAAGGGGCCUAUGACCUGCUCCUGUAUGACAACGCCCAGAUCGGGGUUCGCCACUCCAACAUCAUCUGCGACAGCUGCAAGAAGCACGGCAUCAUGGGAAUGCGCUGGAAGUGCAAGGUGUGCUUCGACUACGACCUGUGCACGCAGUGCUACAUGAACAACAAGCACGACCUGAGCCACGCCUUCGAGCGCUACGAAACUGCGCACUCCCAGCCAGUCGCCCUGACGCCGCGGCAGAACCUCUCCCGGAUAAUUUUGAAGGGGAUCUUCCAGGGGGUGAGAGUGGUGCGAGGACCGGACUGGGACUGGGGCAACCAGGACGGGGGAGAAGGGAAAAUUGGGAAGGUGGUGGAUAUCCGUGGAUGGGACACUGAGUCGGGGCGCAGCGUGGCCAGUGUGACGUGGUCCAAUGGCACCACGAACGUCUACCGAAUGGGUCACAAGGGCAAGGUGGACCUCAAGUACAUCUCUGACGUUGCAGGGGGCUAUUACUACAAAGAUCACCUCCCCAAGUUAGGGGAGCACGCGGAGCUCCAGAGGCAGGAGAGCGCCGACGGACACGCCUUCCAGCAGGGGGACAAGGUGAAGUGCCUGCUGGAGGUCGACAUCCUGCGGCAGAUGCAGGAGGGUCACGGAGGCUGGAACCCCAAGAUGGCGGAGUACAUUAGCCGAAUAGGAACUGUGCACAGGAUCACUGACCGGGGGGAUGUCAGAGUCCAGUACAGCAAUAACAUCCGCUGGACUUUUCACCCAGGGGCGCUCACCAAGGUGCACACUUUCGGGGUGGGAGACCUGGUGCGCGUGCUGGACGACAUGGACAACGUCAAGCGGCUCCAGGCUGGCCACGGCGAGUGGACGGACAGCAUGGCGCCUGCGCUGGGGCAGAUGGGCAAAGUGCUGAAGGUGUACGCGGACGGUGACCUGAGGGUGGCUUUCGGAGGGCAGACCUGGACCUUCAACCCUGCGUGCCUCACCUCCCAGCCCGCGGAGGUGGACGCCAACCUCAUGACCACCGAGAACCCCAACGAAUCCGGAAGCACCGUCAUCUCUGUGCUGGAGAAGCUGCUGUCCCAGUCCACCGAGCUGGACCACCCCGGGCGGCUGGUCAUCGAGGCGGCGCAUGGCAGCGCCAGCAAAGUCCGAGACCUGGUGCAGAAGUACCCAGACAAAGUGGACAUCAAGAAUCAGGGCAAGACGGCUCUGCAGGUGGCUGCCCAUCAGGGGCACGUGGAGGUGGUGAAAGUCCUGCUUCAGGCCAACAGCAGCAUUGAGGUCAAGGACGAGGAUGGGGACACAGCACUGCACUACACAGCCUUUGGGAACCAAGCAGAGACUGCGCGGCUACUGCUGAGCAAAGGUGCCAGCGUGAACCUGCUGAACAACUCCAUGUGCACAGCCCUGCACAUCGCGGUCAACAAGGGCUUCACGGAGGUGGUGAGGGUGCUGUCGGAGCACAAUGCGGAUGUCAACCUGCAGGACUCGUACGGGGACACCCCCCUGCACGACGCCAUCGCCAAGGACUUCAGGAACAUCAUCGAGAUCCUGACGGAGGUGCCCACCAUCGACUUCACCCAGCAGAACACCCGCGGCUUCAACCUGCUGCACCACGCGGCUCUGAAGGGCAACAAGCUGGCGACAGAGAAGAUCCUGGCCCGCGCCCGACAGUUAGUGGACGUGAAGAAGGACGAUGGCUUCUCUGCGCUCCACCUCGCUGCCCUCAACAACCACAGGGACGUGGCGGAGAUCCUGCUCAAGGAGGGCCGCUGCGACGUCAAUAUCCGGAACAACAGGAACCAGACGCCGCUGCAGCUGGCGGUGACGCAGGGCCACGCCGAGAUGGUGCAGCUGCUGGUGACGGAGGGGGCGGACGUCAACGCGGAGGACGAGGACGGGGACACGGCCAUGCACAUCGCCCUCAGCCGGCAGCAGCUCGCCGCCACCGUGGCCGCCUCUGAGGGCGAGGGCUCCUCUCUCUACGCCAGGCUGCACAGCUCCGGUUUACUGGGGAACUUGGAACUGAACGUGGGGGCUGCCAUGGCCUGCUUCUUGGCACAGGAGGGCGCGGACAUCAACUACGCCAACCACAAGGGCAAGCACCCCCUGGACCUGGUGACCGACGGCAUGGUCGUCCAGCUCAUUAAGAACUUCUCCGAGAAACACAGGGAUCAGCAGCUCCAGAGCCACAGCUGUGGGACUGCCGUGGGCAGCAGCAGCCUGCGGCGCGUCCACACCACGCCCAACACCAUGACCAACCUGGCCAUGCCCAGCGCCGCUGGGCCCAGCGAGUGCCUCAUCUGCUCCGAGCUGGCUCUGCUCGUCCUCUUCUGCCCCUGCCAGCACAGCGUCGCCUGCGAAGAAUGUGCUCAUCGGAUGAAAAAAUGCAUCAAAUGCCAGGUUACAAUCACAAAGAAAAUCCGGCAAGACAACACAGAGGUGGAGUGCAGCCCCAGCUCGGAGAACUCGGAUCAGCACAACCUGCUGGAGCAGCUGCAGUUCCGCUUCCGGCAGAUGGAGGAGCGGAUCACCUGCCCCAUCUGCAUCGACAACCAGAUCAAGCUGGUGUUCCAGUGCGGCCACGCCUCGUGCGUCGAGUGCAGCGCCGCGCUCAAGACCUGCCCCAUCUGCCGGCAGGCCAUCCGCGAGAGGAUCCAGCUGUUCGUGUGACCCCCCCCUGGUGCCGACCCGUCUGAACGGAAGCCCGUGGCUCCGGGGGCGCUGGCGCACCCCUGCUCCUCUGGAGGCGAACCCCGAGGCCGGACACGCCGCGGCGGAUGCGAGGAGACCGCCGGGGGCUGGCCAUGACUUUUUUCCACGGCUGCCAGACAGGUGGAUUAUUAUUUUUCCAUCUGGGCCUUUUCCAUGUGCGCUUUUUCCGACGUGCAGCGAACCCUCCCAGCUCCCAGCCCGGUUCUGAAAACGGAGGGUGAAGGGGUGAUUAUGAUUCAGUCCUCUUGCCCGUCUCCUGUGCCCCCCCUCCCCGAGCUGCCUCUCCCCUGACCUUUUUUUAUCAGUGUCAGGAUGACAUGACAUUUUGUGUUGUUUUUUUUUCUUCAAGUUUUCAGAUGAAUCAAACAUAUGCUUUGCUGCUUCAAUAGUGUAGCCUUUUGCACUGGGCUGUAGCAGCACUUGCAAAGCAGUAGAUGAAUGUUAACAGAGUAUAGGAAUUAUUUACCUUUUCCCAUUGGUAUGUAAAAGAGCUAUAUAUAAAUAUAUAUAUGUAUAUUGUAAGAUACUGAGUAUGUAUUAUUUGUGAUUAGCCUAGCUGUAACAAGUGCUGUUUAUUUAUCUACUGAAAUCCUCUGCCCCUUAUUUAUCUACAAGAAAUUAUUUUUGCCAUCACUCAGUGAAAACUCUUGAACACCCAAAAAACAUCUGAUUCCAAACCAACUUACUCAGGGUCCUAACUCAAACCUACAUCUUGUAAGUUGUCACGCAUCUCAAAAAGGCCUUGCAGUAGCGAUAAAACGCGGAUCGUUUUCAACUUGGAUUUCCAGAUUGGUGAAAAACAAAAGAUUUUUUUUUGUGUAAAGGAUCAUGCUUCCAGAGCUGACAGAUGUCCUCUGUUUUUCUUGUGUUCGGGAAAACAGGCAUUGCGGACAGUGUUUGGACUGAACAUCAGGAGGUGUAUUGGAUUCUGUGUGCUUGCUUGUAAUCAGAGGUGAUCAGUUUAGAAGAAAAUGUUAAAGCCACAGGAAGAUAAGAGGCUUCUGUGUAAUGUAGACUUUAUUCCCUUUUAAAACGUAAAGGUAUCUCUCACUUGAAUGAGACCAAGGGUCUUUCAUGUAACCUGUAAAAUCACCUGACCAAACCUCGAGAUAUCCCACCUAAUCUCAUGAACAGAAAGACAUACUGAUCUUUUUUUCUACCACAGCAGCUCAUUGGCAGCGCGGUAUACUGUUUAGGUACUAAAUAGCCCACAGCAGUGAUUUAACAGUUGCUUGCAAAGGGAAACAGGAAUGAUACCUGUGUGCUGACAAAAAACAAAAGAGGUUCUGAGCAUGCAGGUGUUGCCAGGCAGUGCGAGCCAAAGGGCUUGUUGUCCUAAGUAAGGCCAGAGAUGGUUGGGAUACUGUGUGACAGAUGAGCACUGAUCAGUUGUCUGUUCUGGGAAGUCAGUACCGGUUUUGCAAGCAAGCCGUUUUCUCAUCCGUAUUUCUCCUCAACGCUGUUCUGGAUAAAACUUGUCCAUGGACGUUCGCAAGAUCCUCCACUUUGAUGGGAUGGGAAAAUAAAUCCUGCACAAGCAUCUAAAAUUUGAAAAAUAAAAUUUAGAAAUGCACCAAAAUACAUUAACUUGUUACAGUAAAUCUUAGUUUUUUAAGGAUAUCUACACAGACAGAAAAAGUCAUGUUUGGACACAUUUCUAACUGUUUUUGUAAAUAUAAAAUUUCAAGGGUGAAAGGUGAAUCCAUAGGUAAGAGUUGAGGCCCAGCUUAAAAAAAGACACACUAGUGUAGGCCUUUAUCUUGACCAGCUUAGUUCAAUAUCAGGUUUGCGUAAUAUUACAUUAACAAAUAGGACCCCUAAAUAUGCUCUCUCUUGUUAUGUUCUAAAGGGCUUCUGCAUUUAACAAAAACAGAAGGAAAAAGGUGGCUCGCUUUUGAUUUUCACCCAUGGCUUAAUGUGGCUAGAGCUCUGGAAGUCCUUUCUUUCAGAACUCGGCCAUGAUUGGGUGAAACUCUGAAUGUGAGAAAGUAAAAACGUUUUACACUGCCUUGCAAUGAAGUUUCAAAGACGCAAAUAAAUGAAGGUUUACUUGGAGAAAUCAUACUACACCUGUGCCAAAUGAGCAGGGAGCAGAUUGGCGCCCCCUGCUGACAGAAACAGGAAUGUACACGAAGCAACAGUCGAGUUUGUUUUAGGGCUCAGGUCCUUAAAGCACUGCAGCCUCCAACUCUUGGCUUGUAUUGGAAUUUCUUUUUUAAAACAAUCUUGUAAUCCUGACUGAUACUGUAGGUUGAGCACUGCGAGUUUUCAUUUGCUCAGUGUGGAAGAUGAGAAAUGGUAUCCCAGACAAAGCAUCAGUAUUUGGUUUUGACGAGAUGCGAUUAUUGCAUUUCAUGCAGGCAUCGAGUAUGCUACAGUAGGAAGGAGAAGGGGCCCUUGUCUCGAAGGUGUUGUACUGAACCUAAAUUCCUCAAGAAACCUGCUUAAUGAAGCAAUUCAGAGCUCAGGGAUUAAAAGGAACAUAAAGUAGAAAAUGCAACCCUGACAUCAUAAAUGUUUUACACUUAAACGUAAAAGUUACAUUUAUUUGCAAAUGCACUUUGUGAAGUUGCAGUUGGAGUUGCAUUUCGGAUAAGAUACAGCUCAUUGUAUCUUUAGUAUUUAUGCAGUGUCUUUGCUUGCUUUUAUUUGCUUUUUAACCCAAAUCUAGCCCCAAGAAAUGGGGAGAGGAGCCCUGAGGUUCUGAAAACCGCCUGCAAGGAUAAACCAUUAAGGUGAACAGUUUACAGUUGUGCUCAUUUCUGGGUUCUCUGUCUGAGGAACAUGUGAAUUGCUGUGCCACAGCUAAGUUUGAACAACACUGGGUCUGUAAACUUACGAAGUCAGGAAUCACAGUAUUGCAGAUAUUGUUU